AUGAGGACUGUUGAGAAAACAAGGGUGCCUGGGAAACGAGAUCAUUGUGAACUCGAUAAAGAUGGUUGUGCCAGCAACCCAUGCCUACAAGAGUCAAGCUGUACAGACGUUGCAGCAUCUGUUGAGGAGUUGAGUGGUCAGUCAUACAUUUGCAGCACCUGUCCACCUGGAUUUCAUUUAGGGUCGAAUGGACAGAAGUGUGAAGAUAUUAAUGAGUGUUCUCAGGUAUCAAACCAGUGUGAUAACAACGCCACCUGUAUUAAUAUAUAUGGUAGCUUUACGUGCACAUGUAAAGAGGGCUACAGAAAAUCAGGAGACGUUUGUGUUGAUAUUGAUGAAUGUGCUGAGAGGCUACACACUUGUGAACAAAUAUGCAUAAAUACAGCUCCAUUUUAUACUUGCGAGUGUGAACCUGGAUUUAAUAAAUCAGGACCACUAUCAAAUGUAUGCAAUAAACAGAAUGUUGAAGAUUUAUGUGCAAACACACAAAGUCAACCAUGUGAAUAUGGCUGCACAAAUUCAAGUGGGGCUCCACAGUGUUUCUGUCAAUCUGGGAUGAAACUGGCAGAAAAUGGUUAUUCAUGUGAAGAUGAAAAUGAGUGCAAUUUAAGCCUCUGCUCCCAAAGAUGUUUAAACACAGUUGGAAGUUAUAGCUGCUAUUGUUUUAUUGGAUAUAGGAUAAGUGACCAUGACAAACACAGCUGUGAAACUUGUCCGGGGAACAAAUAUGGAGAAAACUGCACAUCCACUUGUGAAUGUAGAGGGCGAGCUACAAGAUGUGACAGUGUUAUUGGAUGUGUUUGCCAAGACAACUGGACAGGGACAUUUUGUGAUCAAGAUGUUGAUGAAUGUCUCAACUCAACCAGCUGUAGACAUGACCAAUUAUGUGUUAACACAGAUGGUUCUUUUAAAUGUAAAUGUCUUGAUGGUUACACAGAUAUAAAUGGAAUGUGCACAAAUAUUGAUGAGUGUGCAGAUGUUUCAACAAAUGGAUGUUUAAGCCAGCCUUUUAGCAUUUGUACAGACAAUCCUGGUUCAUAUACAUGUGUAUGUCAAGAAGGUUACUUUAAAAUCAACAAGUAUUAUUACUGUCAAGAUAUUGAUGAAUGUAAUAUGAUAACUGAUAGUUGUGAUCACAAAUGUGUCAAUAUGCAAGGAAGCUACAAUUGUGAAUGUUUAAAUGGAUGGUAUGGAUCUAACUGCUAUCAAGAUACCAAUGAAUGUGACAACAUGAUUUGUCCACAAUUUUCUUUUUGCAAAAAUACAUUUGGAUCCUAUUAUUGUGAAUGCAAUAUAGGAUUUCAAGAAGUCAAUGGAGUAUGUGUUGCUUGUGAUGCAACUCACUAUGGAACAAACUGUUCAUACAAAUGUAUGUGUGUCAUGAACAACACCAAUGACUGUUCUGACACUGAUGGAACAUGCAGCUGUAAAUCUGGUUGGACAGGGAUAGACUGUGAAACAGAUGUGAAUGAGUGUAUUGACACUAGCCACUGUGGUCCACUUGAAGACUGUUACAAUACAGAUGGUGCUGUUGAAUGCAGAUGUAAGUCUGGAUAUGAGAACAUUACAGCAGAUGGAGGAUGCCAAGAAUGCAAUGCAACUCAUUAUGGAGUCAACUGCUUACUGCCAUGCAACUGUAUAGUUAGCAACACAGCUGACUGUAUCAAUACCAAUGGUGUUUGUAAUUGUAAAACUGGCUGGACUGGAACUCUAUGUGAAUUAGAUGUUGAUGAAUGUACAAACACAAGUGUGUGUCCAGACCCACAUGAUAGAUGUUAUAAUCUGGAUGGUUCAUCAGAAUGUAGAUGUGAUGUUGGAUUUGUAAAACAUGAUAAUGCUGCUCCUUGCCAAGCUUGUGAUGGAACUCACUAUGGAACAAACUGUUCAUACAAAUGUAUGUGUGUCAUGAACAACACCAAUGACUGUUCUGACACUGAUGGAACAUGCAGCUGUAAAUCUGGUUGGACAGGGAUAGACUGUGAAACAGAUGUGAAUGAGUGUAUUGACACUAGCCACUGUGGUCCACUUGAAGACUGUUACAAUACAGAUGGUGCUGCUGAAUGCAGAUGUAAGUCUGGAUAUGAGAACAUUACAGCAGAUGGAGGAUGCCAAGAAUGCAAUGCAACUCAUUAUGGAGUCAACUGCUUACUGCCAUGCAACUGUAUAGUUAGCAACACAGCUGACUGUAUCAAUACCAAUGGUGUUUGUAAUUGUAAAACUGGCUGGACUGGAACUCUAUGUGAAUUAGAUGUUGAUGAAUGUACAAACACAAGUGUGUGUCCAGACCCGCAUGAUAGAUGUUAUAAUCUGGAUGGUUCAUCAGAAUGUAGAUGUGAUGUUGGAUUUGUAAAACAUGAUAAUGCUGCUCCUUGCCAAGCUUGUGAUGCAACUCACUAUGGAACAAACUGUUCAUACAAAUGUAUGUGUGUCAUGAACAACACCAAUGACUGUUCUGACACUGAUGGAACAUGCAGCUGUAAAUCUGGUUGGACAGGGAUAGACUGUGAAACAGAUGUGAAUGAGUGUAUUGACACUAGCCACUGUGGUCCACUUGAAGACUGUUACAAUACAGAUGGUGCUGUUGAAUGCAGAUGUAAGUCUGGAUAUGAGAACAUUACAGCAGAUGGAGGAUGCCAAGAAUGCAAUGCAACUCAUUAUGGAGUCAACUGCUUACUGCCAUGCAACUGUAUAGUUAGCAACACAGCUGACUGUAUCAAUACCAAUGGUGUUUGUAAUUGUAAAACUGGCUGGACUGGAACUCUAUGUGAAUUAGAUGUUGAUGAAUGUACAAACACAAGUGUGUGUCCAGACCCGCAUGAUAGAUGUUAUAAUCUGGAUGGUUCAUCAGAAUGUAGAUGUGAUGUUGGAUUUGUAAAACAUGAUAAUGCUGCUCCUUGCCAAGCUUGUGAUGCAACUCACUAUGGAACAAACUGUUCAUACAAAUGUAUGUGUGUCAUGAACAACACCAAUGACUGUUCUGACACUGAUGGAACAUGCAGCUGUAAAUCUGGUUGGACAGGGAUAGACUGUGAAACAGAUGUGAAUGAGUGUAUUGACACUAGCCACUGUGGUCCACUUGAAGACUGUUACAAUACAGAUGGUGCUGUUGAAUGCAGAUGUAAGUCUGGAUAUGAGAACAUUACAGCAGAUGGAGGAUGCCAAGAAUGCAAUGCAACUCAUUAUGGAGUCAACUGCUUACUGCCAUGCAACUGUAUAGUUAGCAACACAGCUGACUGUAUCAAUACCAAUGGUGUUUGUAAUUGUAAAACUGGCUGGACUGGAACCCUAUGUGAAUUAGAUGUUGAUGAAUGUACAAACACAAGUGUGUGUCCAGACCCACAUGAUAGAUGUUAUAAUCUGGAUGGUUCAUCAGAAUGUAGAUGUGAUGUUGGAUUUGUAAAACAUGAUAAUGCUGCUCCUUGCCAAGCUUGUGAUGCAACUCACUAUGGAACAAACUGUUCAUACAAAUGUAUGUGUGUCAUGAACAACACCAAUGACUGUUCUGACACUGAUGGAACAUGCAGCUGUAAAUCUGGUUGGACAGGGAUAGACUGUGAAACAGAUGUGAAUGAGUGUAUUGACACUAGCCACUGUGGUCCACUUGAAGACUGUUACAAUACAGAUGGUGCUGUUGAAUGCAGAUGUAAGUCUGGAUAUGAGAACAUUACAGCAGAUGGAGGAUGCCAAGAAUGCAAUGCAACUCAUUAUGGAGUCAACUGCUUACUGCCAUGCAACUGUAUAGUUAGCAACACAGCUGACUGUAUCAAUACCAAUGGUGUUUGUAAUUGUAAAACUGGCUGGACUGGAACCCUAUGUGAAUUAGAUGUUGAUGAAUGUACAAACACAAGUGUGUGUCCAGACCCACAUGAUAGAUGUUAUAAUCUGGAUGGUUCAUCAGAAUGUAGAUGUGAUGUUGGAUUUGUAAAACAUGAUAAUGCUGCUCCUUGCCAAGCUUGUGAUGCAACUCACUAUGGAACAAACUGUUCAUACAAAUGUAUGUGUGUCAUGAACAACACCAAUGACUGUUCUGACACUGAUGGAACAUGCAGCUGUAAAUCUGGUUGGACAGGGAUAGACUGUGAAACAGAUGUGAAUGAGUGUAUUGACACUAGCCACUGUGGUCCACUUGAAGACUGUUACAAUACAGAUGGUGCUGUUGAAUGCAGAUGUAAGUCUGGAUAUGAGAACAUUACAGCAGAUGGAGGAUGCCAAGAAUGCAAUGCAACUCAUUAUGGAGUCAACUGCUUACUGCCAUGCAACUGUAUAGUUAGCAACACAGCUGACUGUAUCAAUACCAAUGGUGUUUGUAAUUGUAAAACUGGCUGGACUGGAACCCUAUGUGAAUUAGAUGUUGAUGAAUGUACAAACACAAGUGUGUGUCCAGACCCACAUGAUAGAUGUUAUAAUCUGGAUGGUUCAUCAGAAUGUAGAUGUGAUGUUGGAUUUGUAAAACAUGAUAAUGCUGCUCCUUGCCAAGCUUGUGAUGCAACUCACUAUGGAACAAACUGUUCAUACAAAUGUAUGUGUGUCAUGAACAACACCAAUGACUGUUCUGACACUGAUGGAACAUGCAGCUGUAAAUCUGGUUGGACAGGGAUAGACUGUGAAACAGAUGUGAAUGAGUGUAUUGACACUAGCCACUGUGGUCCACUUGAAGACUGUUACAAUACAGAUGGUGCUGUUGAAUGCAGAUGUAAGUCUGGAUAUGAGAACAUUACAGCAGAUGGAGGAUGCCAAGAAUGCAAUGCAACUCAUUAUGGAGUCAACUGCUUACUGCCAUGUAACUGUAUAGUAAGCAACACAGCUGACUGUAACAAUACCAAUGGUGUUUGUAAUUGUAAAACUGGCUGGACUGGAACCCUAUGUGAAUUAGAUGUUGAUGAAUGUACAAACACAAGUGUGUGUCCAGACCCACAUGAUAGAUGUUAUAAUCUGGAUGGUUCAUCAGAAUGUAGAUGUGAUGUUGGAUUUGUAAAACAUGAUAAUGCUGCUCCUUGCCAAGCUUGUGAUGCAACUCACUAUGGAACAAACUGUUCAUACAAAUGUAUGUGUGUCAUGAACAACACCAAUGACUGUUCUGACACUGAUGGAACAUGCAGCUGUAAAUCUGGUUGGACAGGGAUAGACUGUGGAACAGAUGUGAAUGAGUGUAUUGACACUAGCCACUGUGGUCCACUUGAAGACUGUUACAAUACAGAUGGUGCUGUUGAAUGCAGAUGUAAGCCUGGAUAUGAGAACAUUACAGCAGAUGGAGGAUGCCAAGAAUGCAAUGCAACUCAUUAUGGAGUCAACUGCUUACUGCCAUGCAACUGUAUAGUUAGCAACACAGCUGACUGUAUCAAUACCAAUGGUGUUUGUAAUUGUAAAACUGGCUGGACUGGAACUCUAUGUGAAUUAGAUGUUGAUGAAUGUACAAACACAAGUUUGUGUCCAGACCCACAUGAUAGAUGUUAUAAUCUGGAUGGUUCAUCAGAAUGUAGAUGUGAUGUUGGAUUUGUAAAACAUGAUAAUGCUGCUCCUUGCCAAGCUUGUGAUGCAACUCACUAUGGAACAAACUGUUCAUACAAAUGUAUGUGUGUCAUGAACAACACCAAUGACUGUUCUGACACUGAUGGAACAUGCAGCUGUAAAUCUGGUUGGACAGGGAUAGACUGUGGAACAGAUGUGAAUGAGUGUUUGGACACUAGCCACUGUGGUCCACUUGAAGACUGUUACAAUACAGAUGGUGCUGCUGAAUGCAGAUGUAAGUCUGGAUAUGAGAACAUUACAGCAGAUGGAGGAUGCCAAGAAUGCAAUGCAACUCAUUAUGGAGUCAACUGCUUACUGCCAUGCAACUGUAUAGUUAGCAACACAGCUGACUGUAUCAAUACCAAUGGUGUUUGUAAUUGUAAAACUGGCUGGACUGGAACUCUAUGUGAAUUAGAUGUUGAUGAAUGUACAAACACAAGUGUGUGUCCAGACCCACAUGAUAGAUGUUAUAAUCUGGAUGGUUCAUCAGAAUGUAGAUGUGAUGUUGGAUUUGUAAAACAUGAUAAUGCUGCUCCUUGCCAAGCUUGUGAUGCAACUCACUAUGGAACAAACUGUUCAUACAAAUGUAUGUGUGUCAUGAACAACACCAAUGACUGUUCUGACACUGAUGGAACAUGCAGCUGUAAAUCUGGUUGGACAGGGAUAGACUGUGAAACAGAUGUGAAUGAGUGUAUUGACACUAGCCACUGUGGUCCACUUGAAGACUGUUACAAUACAGAUGGUGCUGUUGAAUGCAGAUGUAAGCCUGGAUAUGAGAACAUUACAGCAGAUGGAGGAUGCCAAGAAUGCAAUGCAACUCAUUAUGGAGUCAACUGCUUACUGCCAUGCAACUGUAUAGUUAGCAACACAGCUGACUGUAUCAAUACCAAUGGUGUUUGUAAUUGUAAAACUGGCUGGACUGGAACCCUAUGUGAAUUAGAUGUUGAUGAAUGUACAAACACAAGUGUGUGUCCAGACCCACAUGAUAGAUGUUAUAAUCUGGAUGGUUCAUCAGAAUGUAGAUGUGAUGUUGGAUUUGUAAAACAUGAUAAUGCUGCUCCUUGCCAAGCUUGUGAUGCAACUCACUAUGGAACAAACUGUUCAUACAAAUGUAUGUGUGUCAUGAACAACACCAAUGACUGUUCUGACACUGAUGGAACAUGCAGCUGUAAAUCUGGUUGGACAGGGAUAGACUGUGAAACAGAUGUGAAUGAGUGUAUUGACACUAGCCACUGUGGUCCACUUGAAGACUGUUACAAUACAGAUGGUGCUGUUGAAUGCAGAUGUAAGUCUGGAUAUGAGAACAUUACAGCAGAUGGAGGAUGCCAAGAAUGCAAUGCAACUCAUUAUGGAGUCAACUGCUUACUGCCAUGCAACUGUAUAGUUAGCAACACAGCUGACUGUAUCAAUACCAAUGGUGUUUGUAAUUGUAAAACUGGCUGGACUGGAACCCUAUGUGAAUUAGAUGUUGAUGAAUGUACAAACACAAGUGUGUGUCCAGACCCACAUGAUAGAUGUUAUAAUCUGGAUGGUUCAUCAGAAUGUAGAUGUGAUGUUGGAUUUGUAAAACAUGAUAAUGCUGCUCCUUGCCAAGCUUGUGAUGCAACUCACUAUGGAACAAACUGUUCAUACAAAUGUAUGUGUGUCAUGAACAACACCAAUGACUGUUCUGACACUGAUGGAACAUGCAGCUGUAAAUCUGGUUGGACAGGGAUAGACUGUGAAACAGAUGUGAAUGAGUGUAUUGACACUAGCCACUGUGGUCCACUUGAAGACUGUUACAAUACAGAUGGUGCUGUUGAAUGCAGAUGUAAGUCUGGAUAUGAGAACAUUACAGCAGAUGGAGGAUGCCAAGAAUGCAAUGCAACUCAUUAUGGAGUCAACUGCUUACUGCCAUGCAACUGUAUAGUUAGCAACACAGCUGACUGUAUCAAUACCAAUGGUGUUUGUAAUUGUAAAACUGGCUGGACUGGAACCCUAUGUGAAUUAGAUGUUGAUGAAUGUACAAACACAAGUGUGUGUCCAGACCCACAUGAUAGAUGUUAUAAUCUGGAUGGUUCAUCAGAAUGUAGAUGUGAUGUUGGAUUUGUAAAACAUGAUAAUGCUGCUCCUUGCCAAGCUUGUGAUGCAACUCACUAUGGAACAAACUGUUCAUACAAAUGUAUGUGUGUCAUGAACAACACCAAUGACUGUUCUGACACUGAUGGAACAUGCAGCUGUAAAUCUGGUUGGACAGGGAUAGACUGUGAAACAGAUGUGAAUGAGUGUAUUGACACUAGCCACUGUGGUCCACUUGAAGACUGUUACAAUACAGAUGGUGCUGUUGAAUGCAGAUGUAAGUCUGGAUAUGAGAACAUUACAGCAGAUGGAGGAUGCCAAGAAUGCAAUGCAACUCAUUAUGGAGUCAACUGCUUACUGCCAUGCAACUGUAUAGUUAGCAACACAGCUGACUGUAUCAAUACCAAUGGUGUUUGUAAUUGUAAAACUGGCUGGACUGGAACCCUAUGUGAAUUAGAUGUUGAUGAAUGUACAAACACAAGUGUGUGUCCAGACCCACAUGAUAGAUGUUAUAAUCUGGAUGGUUCAUCAGAAUGUAGAUGUGAUGUUGGAUUUGUAAAACAUGAUAAUGCUGCUCCUUGCCAAGCUUGUGAUGCAACUCACUAUGGAACAAACUGUUCAUACAAAUGUAUGUGUGUCAUGAACAACACCAAUGACUGUUCUGACACUGAUGGAACAUGCAGCUGUAAAUCUGGUUGGACAGGGAUAGACUGUGAAACAGAUGUGAAUGAGUGUAUUGACACUAGCCACUGUGGUCCACUUGAAGACUGUUACAAUACAGAUGGUGCUGUUGAAUGCAGAUGUAAGUCUGGAUAUGAGAACAUUACAGCAGAUGGAGGAUGCCAAGAAUGCAAUGCAACUCAUUAUGGAGUCAACUGCUUACUGCCAUGCAACUGUAUAGUUAGCAACACAGCUGACUGUAUCAAUACCAAUGGUGUUUGUAAUUGUAAAACUGGCUGGACUGGAACCCUAUGUGAAUUAGAUGUUGAUGAAUGUACAAACACAAGUGUGUGUCCAGACCCACAUGAUAGAUGUUAUAAUCUGGAUGGUUCAUCAGAAUGUAGAUGUGAUGUUGGAUUUGUAAAACAUGAUAAUGCUGCUCCUUGCCAAGCUUGUGAUGCAACUCACUAUGGCACAAACUGUUCUUACAAAUGUAUGUGUGUCAUGAACAACACCAAUGACUGUUCUGACACUGAUGGAACAUGCAGCUGUAAAUCUGGUUGGACAGGGAUAGACUGUGGAACAGAUGUGAAUGAGUGUUUGGACACUAGCCACUGUGGUCCACUUGAAGACUGUUACAAUACAGAUGGUGCUGCUGAAUGCAGAUGUAAGUCUGGAUAUGAGAACAUUACAGCAGAUGGAGGAUGCCAAGAAUGCAAUGCAACUCAUUAUGGAGUCAACUGCUUACUGCCAUGUAACUGUAUAGUAAGCAACACAGCUGACUGUAACAAUACCAAUGGUGUUUGUAAUUGUAAAACUGGCUGGACUGGAACUCUAUGUGAAUUAGAUGUUGAUGAAUGUACAAACACAAGUUUGUGUCCAGACCCACAUGAUAGAUGUUUUAAUCUGGAUGGUUCAUCAGAAUGUAGAUGUGAAGUUGGAUUUGUAAAACAUGAUAUAGCUGCUCCUUGCCAAGCUUGUGAUGCAACUCACUACGGAACAAACUGUUCUUACAAAUGUAUGUGUGUCAUGAACAACACCAAUGACUGUUCUGACACUGAUGGAACAUGCAGCUGUAAAUCUGGUUGGACAGGGAUAGACUGUGGAACAGAUGUGAAUGAGUGUAUUGACACUAGCCACUGUGGUCCACUUGAAGACUGUUACAAUACAGAUGGUGCUGCUGAAUGCAGAUGUAAGCCUGGAUAUGAGAACAUUACAGCAGAUGGAGGAUGCAAAGCUGUUUCAUUGUGUCACAACUGUACAGACUCUGAGAUUUGCAUGGUUUACUCUGUUAAUGAAUGGACCUGCAGGUUCAAUGACUCACGCAUAUAUCCUUAUGGAAGAUUAGCGAAUGAUAAAACCUUACCCAAAAAUGAAGAAUUGGCUACAGCAAAUCUUCAAAUAGAAGAUUCUAUGCCAUAUCACCAGGAUUUUAUAAGAUCUGUUUGGGUAUCAGUGAAUGGGCUAAUAAGUCUAGAAAAAGAGUAUUCAAGUUUUAACCCCCAGAGGUUACCUGUAAUGGACAAAAACAAUGACCAGCUCAAGCUCUUAGCAGUGUACUGGACUGAUCUUGAUAAUAUAGAGAGUGAUAAUUGUAAUGUUUACUAUCAGAUGUAUGACAGGUAUUCUAAUAAUCCUACAUCUGCUGCAAUACUUGCCAAGGCAAAUGCUGAUGUUACAGCAUUUAGAGGUACUGAAAAUAGUUUCAACUCUACAACAAUAAUAGUGGCAACUUGGGUAAACAUUCCCGCUCAUGGAAGUGUAGAUGAGCGUGCGUCAUUCCAGUGCAUUAUAAUAUCAGAUGGGCAAUCAACAUAUGCUAUAUACAUAUACAUCCAAGGUUCUUUGAAGCUAAAACCAGUAUCAAACAGAAAUGUUGAAAUUGGUUGGGCGAAUUUUAGCUUAGAUACUUCACUAGCAAGUUACUAUAGUUUUGAUACAGUUAUUGGGAAUACUGGAAAACCUGGCUUUUGGAUCUUCAAGAUAGGAGAGAACGAAAACUUCAGGAUGAAAUGUCGUUCUUGGUUUAAUUCAAACCAAUGGGAACUUCAAAACAUAACUGAAUGGAACCAAAACAUUAUACCUGCUUGUCCCUGCAAUGUAGUUGCUGCAAGAAACAGCCCAAUGUGGGUCCCUAGCAGUCAAGCACUGCCUGAGGGCAAUUGUUUUGAUCUUUUACCAUUCUAUGGGGAGUUGGGAAAGCGAUGCUGCUACAGUAUGGAUGAAGGCUCAGGUUUUUUAAAUACAAUACCACAAGCUGGAAGUCUCCAAAGAUACAAUUCAUUCCUGUUUGAAGAACAUAUUAAAGCUGAUGAAGAUCCCAAAGACUGGUGUUGUACUAAAUCAAAACUUUGUGAACUGUACUAUACUUUAAGACCUGCAUCUGCCUGCAAUGGAAGUAACUGGGCUAGAGGUUUCUUGUUUGGUGACCCUCAUAUUGUCACAUUAGAUCAAAGGUCAUUUAUUUUUAAUGGUCUUGGGGAAUAUGAUUUAGUAAAGAUUGUUGGAAAUGGCAAAAAUAAUGCAAACCCAGUUUUCAUAAUGCAGGGAAGAACAUGCAGAGCAUUAAACAACAAAGGAGUUGAAACAUCAGCCACAAUUUGGUGUGCAUUAUCAAUGAGAACUGGAAAUGGAAAAUCUUUAAGAAUUGAGAUCAGCCUUUCUAGAAAAUUGAUGAUAAUUUAUGUCAACAAACGAGAUUAUACCAAGGAGUUUUCAAAUAACCAAAAGUUUUUUGUAAAUGAAAACGGAAUUAUAAUCAGAAAACAAAAUGAAUCUAUAAUUGCCUCUCUACCUGAAAGUAUUGGUAUCACUGUGACUCUGGUCAAUGAAUUACUGGAAUUUUCCCUAACCUUGGACAAAAAAUAUCAAAACAUGACCACGGGUCUUUUAGGCAACUUUAAUGGAGACAAAACUGAUGAUUUUAUUUUUCCGAAUGGUACGAGACUGUCUGAUGACUCAAGUGAAAAACAGCUUUAUGAAUAUGGAAAGUCAUGGGCCAUAAAUCAUAAUGAGAGCUUAUUCCAGUAUGGCUAUGGACAAAACACAAUCACAUUUUCAAACUCAAGCUUCCAACCUAUAUUUUAUGAUGAACAAAAUGCAACCACAAAAGAAGAAGCUGAAAAGUUUUGUAAUGGUUCAGGAAAUCUUCCUUGUAUUUUUGACUAUAUUGCUACAAAAAAUGAAAAAAUAGCAGAAUCCUCAUUAAAAUCAUCAGAUACUUUUGAGAGGGUUUCUAUUAGUGCAGCUAAUCAAGCACCAAUUUUAGUAAUGAAUACAAACAGAAUCAGAGUUUUUCUCAACCAAACAUUCACCUUGACUUUGAGAGCAUUUGAUCCUGAUGGACAAAAUGUGACUUUUGUUUUAAUGACCAAUGCUGCAUAUCAGUUCGUUGAGAGAAAUCGUAGAAGAAGAGCACAAACACAACUUACUGAAGCAAAAAUUAGUGUUACAAUUACGAACACUGAAUCAACAUUUAUAACAGCAUCAGCAAAAGAUCCAAAUUCACUCUACUCUUCCACUGAAGCUGUGAAUAUGUCUGUAUGUAGCAGCUGCAGCAACCAUGGAUCUUGUGAUGAAACACUGCUUAUUGCCACACAAAACCCUUAUUAUUUCUUGGAGACCUGCAUAUGUAAAAUUGGAUAUGCAGGUACAGAUUGUGAAACAGACAAUGAUGGCUGUGCUAACAACCCUUGCCCCAGCUUGACAGGUUGUGUAGACAUACCAGCUUCAGAAGAACAAGUCACUGGUUUAUCAUACACAUGUACAAAUUGUCCUGAUGGAUAUAAACUUAAUUUAAAUAAAACCAAGUGUGAAGAUGUUGAUGAGUGUAAAACAAAGCCAUGUGGUACAAACGCUCUAUGUGAGAAUACAUAUGGUAGCUUUAUUUGCAACUGCCCUGAAGGUUUUAGAAAGUCAGGAAAGCUGAAUUGUAAUGAUAUAAAUGAAUGUUCAGAAAAAUUAGAUAAUUGUGAUCAAAUCUGCAGUAACAAUGUUGGAAGUUUUGAUUGUGGUUGUUUUAAUGGGUUUUCUAGAAGAAAUGGAAAAUGUGAACAAACUGUAACAGAUCCUUGCAAACUUGUAAAUAAAACCUGUGAAUACAUGUGUCGCAAUGGAUCUAAUGGAGCUGAGUGCUUUUGUAAAUCUGGAUACAAAUUAAAUGCAAAUGGCACAUGUGAAGACAUAGAUGAAUGCAAAGAUAAAAUCUGCUCACAAUUAUGUUUCAACACAAAUGGAAGCUUCAUAUGUUCAUGUUUCAAUGGAUACACCCUCAACAAAAAUGAUCUUCGUUCUUGUGAUGCAUGUCAAGGCAAUGCCUAUGGUUAUAACUGCAACUCCAGAUGCCAGUGUAAAGGGCGAGCUGUGAGAUGUGACAAUGUUAAAGGCUGUAUCUGUCGAAGCAAUUGGAAAGGAGAAACAUGUGAAAUAGAUGUGGAUGAAUGUGCUUUAAAACCUGGUGUCUGUCCUGUGGAUCAUAAAUGUACUAAUACAGAAGGCUCUUAUACUUGUGAUUGUCCUGUGGGUUUUGAAGAUAUCAAUGGAACAUGCUUUAAUAUUAACGAGUGCGAAACAAGAAACAUUUGUCCUCAAACAUGCAUUGAUACACCAGGGUCAUUUAUUUGUGAGUGUAGAGGUGGAUUUUUAAAGCUUCCUAAUGGCACUUGUAAAGAUAUUGAUGAAUGUGAGAUUGACAAAUCUGGCUGUCAACAAAUAUGUAUCAAUGUCCCAGGAAGUAGCAACUGUGAUUGUUAUCCAGGCUACAGGUUAAAAGAUGACAGGAAGACUUGUGAAAAAGAUAAAGUUGAUCCAUGUGAAAACUUUUACCUGAACUGUAGUCAAGGAUGUACUGUAGCUAAUGAAAAAGCACAGUGUUUUUGUGCAAUAGGUUACAAUUACACGCUGAGUAAUAACGUGCUUGAUUGUCAGGAUAUUGAUGAAUGCGCAACACUGAAACCAUGCAAUGGUAGCUGUGUUAACACUCCAGGGUCAUAUAAUUGUUCUUGUCCAGUUGGAUCUAAACUACAGAAUGAUAAGAAAACGUGUCAAGAAUGUGAUGCCUAUCACUGGGGAGAGAACUGUGCCACAGAAUGUAACUGCAGCCCAAGAGGUACAUCAAGAUGUGACCCCACACAAGGAUGUCAGUGUAAAGCUGGCUGGGCAGGAACUUGGUGCCAGGAUGAUAUUGAUGAAUGCUCAAGUCUUGUACCACCAUGUCCUGAAACAAGUUGUGUCAACACAUUUGGCUCUUUUUAUUGUCAGUGUAAGCAGGGAUAUUCUUUUGAAAACAAUACAUGUAAAGACCUGGAUGAAUGUUUGAGUUCCCCAUGUGACCAGAUAUGCACCAACACACAAGGCAGCUUCCAGUGCUCUUGUUAUUCUCAAGGAUUUGUUUACAAUGGAACAAAAUGCUAUGACAAAGAUGAAUGUGCCAUAAAAGGGCUAAACAGCUGUGAUCAGCUAUGUCGUAACACAGAAGGAGGUUUUGCUUGUGAAUGUAUUGAGGGAUAUGAGCUAAAUGUCACCACACGAAAUACAUGUUUUUUGAGCAACAUCAGUCAAGUUUGUCCCACAGAAAGCAAAUGUAACCAAUUGUGUGUUCUAAUGAAUAAAUCACAAAUCUGCUCUUGUUAUUUAGGAUAUAAACUGAUAAACGACAUAUGUGUUGAUAUCAAUGAAUGUGAUUACAAUCCUUGUGUCAAUGGCUUCUGUAGUAACAGUAAUGGGACAUUCUCAUGUUCAUGCAGCAAUGGUAUGAAGCUGCUGGAUGAUAAAACUUCAUGUACAGCUUGUCAACAUGGAUAUUAUGGCUAUGACUGUGCUGAAUACUGUUCCUGUAACACAACCAACACCACACCUCAAAUCUGCUCUGCUGAGAAUGGAACCUGUGAUUGUUUAACUGGUUGGACUGGUGCUGAUUGCAGCACUGAUAUUAAUGAAUGCAACCAGACUAAGAAUCUAUGUCUAGAUAAUGCAGACUGCAUUAACUCCCCUGGCUCUUACAGAUGUGUUUGUAAUAUAGGGUUUUACAGAUCCAAUGGUGGCUGUAUUUCCUGUGAUGCGAACCUCUAUGGCCAGGACUGUAAGAAGACUUGUACAUGUGUAAAAGACAACAGCAAUGACUGCAAUGCUGUCAAUGGAACUUGCACAUGUAAACCAGGUUGGACUGGCUCUAACUGUGAAACAUAUACAGACGAGUGUUUGAACACCAGCUACUGCCCAGAUAUACAUGAGAGCUGUAUUAAUUUGAAUGGAUCUGCAGAGUGUAGAUGUGAUCCAGGGUAUAAGAGAAUUGAUGGGUCCAACUGCCAAGAUAAUUCAAGAAGUUAUUCCUUACAAAUCAAACUGAAUAUGAAAGCUGAUCCAAACAUUUACAUUUACAAUACAAAGCAAUUUAUUUCACUCAAAAAAGAAGUUGAAGACAGUUUGAACAAAUUAGGUUCAGAUAAACUUGGGAAAGGAAUGCUUCCUUUUGAGGUUACUAAAUUUACUGAAGGUUCAGUAAUUGUCCACACAGCCAUUGUGGUAGAUUUAGCAUACACAAACAACCCAGAUGUUUUUGCAUACAAGUUUACUGAAAACCUGCUAAAAAGCCCAAAUCUUACCAUUGGUUCAAAUGUUGUAGAAGUAAUGGAUGUCCUUGUUCAAAAUAGAUCAAUUCCAGGAAACCUUUGUGAUUUGUUUACAAAUUUGAAAGCCUCUUGUUCACCUAAUGAAAAUUGUGGAGAUAAUAACCAGACUAUAUCUGCAUGCAUACCACAGUCUGCAGAAGGAAAUACAAAUCUGAUUAUAGGUCUUUCUGUGGGCAUUGGACUUUUCAUACUGAUUGCAGUGACAAUAGUGAUAAUUUUAUUAUGUCACUACAAGAGGGUAUCAAUACCUAGAGACACUUUAAGUAGGGAUUUUGACCAUGCUUCUGCAAGCAUAUUUGCUACACAAUUUGCUACUAGAAAAAAAAUGGAAAUGAAAAUACCUGGCAUGCAUGCAACCUCAGAGGAAAUGGAAUACAACAGAUUUUUACAUUUAUCACAAGCUUCCGAGCUUGCUGAAGAUUUUAAUAGUGAAAAUAAUAUGGAGCAAAUGAACAGAGAUUCCAAUGCAAAAGAGGCUUCAAACUUCUCUUGGACAAAAAUUAUUCCUUUAUUAGAGAGCAACACUGGGUUUGCAUUGAAAAGACCUACUUUUGAAAAAGAUCCCAAUCGUGCAUUUGCUGCAAUUGAUUCUACUUCUGGAAAAAAAAAUGAAUAAUCACCAUCAACUAUCCUUGUCAUAUUUAAUUUUAACAAAAACUAUAUAAUUUUAGAUAUAUCUAAACAUGUACCCUAUUUAUGUUUCUAUGUUUUAAAUGCAGUGUAAUUUAAAAUUCAAUAUUUUGAUUUGCAAUUUUCCAUUGUACGUUUCAUUUGUUAACUGGUUAAUUUAUUUUUGAUACAUUUAUAGACAGCAUAAUAUAUUAUGCAAAUUAUAUUAUAAAUGUAUUGUAACUAAUAUUUGUAAAUAAUGAAUUGGUGUUUAAGUCCAUUAUAUGGGAGCAAAAUAUGUUUAUGAAUAUGUAUGUAGUGAGUGGCUUACAGCCUACAUCAAAUAAAUAAAUAAAGAUUACUUCACUAACUUUU